GACCUCGGGGGAAUACUUCAGUGAUCGAGCGUCGCUUCACGCAAGUACCGAAUCGUCUCGGGACGCGGAGGGCUUGGGAGAGGCCCGCGUUCCCGGGCUCGGCCGGCCCAUCUUUUAAUUAAGAACCGGGUGUCGUCCGUUGCGCCUGGAGCGAGCGAGAGGGAGAGGGAUUUGCCGGCGAUCGAGCAUGGGGAAGACUAAAAAGACACUGGAAGAACUCGAGGAUGAGAGAUCCGCGCUGGAACAGGAGGCGUACGAUGAGAAAACAAAGCUGCUGAACAGGUCGCAGUUCCAGGAGCUCCUCGAGCUGCAGAAUGAAGAGGAGCCGGAGUUUGUCGCUGAGAUUGUGGAGAUGUACCUGGCUGACGCGAAGGAGAUGCUCAAUGAGCUGAGCAAGCUCUUCUCUGAGGAGAAGGUCAAGGAGGCGGAGGAUGGGAAACCUAACUACAACACCGUGCGCGCGGUGCUUCACAAGCUCAAAGGAAGCAGCUCCACCUUUGGCGCCGAUGGCGUGCAGCAGAAAUGCGAGGAGCUGCGCGAGCACUGCAUCAACGAGGACCUCGACAAGUGCCGAACGGGCGAGGGCUCGCUGGAGGAGCUGCAGAGCAACGUGGACAUUCUCAGCGAGUUCCUGGCCAAAUACACCGCCAAGAUCAAGGAGAUCUACGAGCUGAGCCAGGAGGCCAAGGCUGACGAGUGAAGGACACUUUCCUCCCCGCCGUCGGGGAGUACCGCGAGAUAUGUGGUUUGUCGAAAUAAAUGAAUCGUCUUUGCAAAAAAAUCACUCGCUCCC